AUGGUCAAGAAAGGCCCUGUUCCCGACGCUUGGGAGGACGAUGACUGGGAGUCUGCCGCCGACAAGAUCGAUGGUGGGGCACCGUUGCAGCCUGAGCCGCCUGCACCGUUGAGCAAGGCAGAGCGCCUCGCACAGCAUGCCGAGUCGAACCGCAAGCUCUGGGAAUCAGCCAACCCCGAUAGCGACUCCCCCACGCCUCUGACCUUCCUCGAAGCCCAACCCUCGGUACCACUGGCCACGGGCUUCAAGCCCCAAGUCAAGGUCCUCAGCCGCAAGCCCGCUCCCCGGACCAUCGCCCGCCGCGACCCCGUCACCGGCCUGCUCUCCCACCUCUCCCUCGCCGACGACGACGCCGACGACCAGCGCGCCGAGAAGAAGCCCCAGCUCACCCCGGAGGAGAUCCGCGCCAAGCAGCAGCGCGAGCUCGAGGAGAAGCAGCGCCGUUACGAGGAGGCCCGCGCCAAGAUCUUUGGAGAGUCGAACCCCUCGUCUGGUGCCUCGAGCCCCGGGACGACGACCCCGCCCCGAGGCGGUGAGAACGAGAGAGGAGGCCGCGGCCGUGGUAGGGGGCGCGGUCGCGGUGGUGGACACCGAGGAAACAACUCGAGCCGACAGGAAGACUACCGACGGCCUGGGAGCAGUCGGGCCGACGGCGUCCGCUCCGAGAGCGGCCGUGAGCUCUACGAUCCCAGCUACGCGCCCAGGGGAGGCUUUGCGAUGCAGAAGCGAGGGGGCGAUCCCGGCUCGCAUUCUGGCCGGUCUACGCCAAGAGACGAGGAUCAACCCAAGCAGGCCUUCCGGGCACCACGCGGACCAGAUGGGAGUGGAAGAGGAGGGUUCGGCUUCGCCAAGCGAGGCACCAAGGAGGGUUGA